UUUUUAGCAAAAAGAGAGAUUCGACUUUUCUCACUCGGAGCUCCGGGUUAAGAACCCGGUUAUUCAGAUCUAAAAAAAGUUUCGAUUUUUUUUUUGGGGAAAUUGAGAGAUCAGCGAUGUCGAAACAACCGUGGGGUGGAAUCGGGGCAUGGGCCGACGAGGCGGAGCGUGCGGAUGAGGAGCAAGCUGCGGCGGAUGCGCAGAGCUUCCCUAGCUUGAAGGAAGCUGCGACUACUACAAAGUCGAAGAAGAAAAAGAAGAUGACUUUAUCGGAGUUCACCAAGGGAGGUGGUGGUGGUGGUGGUGGUGGAGGUUCGGUUGGGUUGACGAGGGAGCAGAUGAUUCAGCUUCCUACUGGUCCUAGGCAACGCUCUGAGGAGGAAAUGCAGCGUGGUGGUGGUAUUGGUGGCGGCUUCUCUUCUUACGGUGGAAGGUCUGGUGGAGGAGGAAUGUCGAGAGAUCGAGAUGAUUCUAAUGGGUCUUGGGGCGGUGGUGGUGGGAGGAGAGGUUAUGGUGGAUUUGAUGAUGAUCAGAGAGGGGGUUCUAGGGUUUCUGAUUUCCCACAGCAGUCUAGAGCUGAUGAGGUUGAUGAUUGGGGAAAAGGGAAGAAAUCUCUUCCCGUGUUUGAUCAGGGACGGCAAGGUCGUUACGGUGGUGGUGUAGGAGGCGGUGGCAGUUUUGGAGGUGGAGGUGGAGGUGGAGGUGGUGGUGGUGGUGGUUAUGGUAGUGGUGGUGGAGGAGGCAGAUAUGGAGGUGGUGGUUAUGGAGGUGAUGGUGGUGGUGGUGGUGGUGGUGGAGGAGGCAGUUACGGUGGUGGUGGAGGAGGUAGUUAUGGAGGUGGAUUCUCUAAAGCUGACGAGGCUGGUAACUGGGGAGCAGGUAAAAGCCAAGCGUCUCUUGCAAAAUCAUCUACAUUUGGGUCUGGUUACCGUGAUUCUGGAGUCUCCUCCGGUGGUGUUCAGGAGGAGCGUCGUCGUCUUGUUCUGGAACCAAGAAAGGUUGCUGUUGUUGAUAGUGGAGUGACUGAAACUCAAACUGAAAGUGGUGUGAAGACGACGAGUAAGCCGAGUCCUUUCGGGGCAGCGAGGCCGAGAGAGCAAGUUCUGGCGGAGAAAGGAUUGGACUGGAAGAAACUUGACUCGGAGAUUGAGGCUAAGAAGGGAAGCUCUCAAACGAGCAGACCAUCUAGCGCGCAGUCGAGCAGGCCGUCAAGUGCUCAUUCUAGCAGGUCUGAGAGCUUAACAUUGGAGAACGUGGUGAAGCCUAGACCAAAGGUGAAUCCUUUUGGGGACGCGAAACCUCGGGAAGUGUUGUUGGAGGAACAAGGGAAAGAUUGGCGCAAGAUGGAUUCUGAACUCGAGCAUCGCAGGGUUGACAGGCCUGAAACAGAAGGAGAGAGAGCGUUGAAGGAAGAGAUCGAAGAACUGCGGAAGAAACUUGAGAAGGAAGCAGCCAUCACAGCUGAGAGCAAGGAAUCUCAACCAGAAUCUGACAGCAAUAACCAUAACAUACCUGACCUUAUAAGCGAGAAAGAAAAAGAGCUAGAGUUACUGAUCCGUGAGCUGGACGACAAAAUCAGGUUCAGGCCAAGAGCAGUUGAGAGGCCUGGAUCCGGUGCAGGCAGAACAGGUAACUAUUCUGAAAGGCCUCAUUCCCGGGGUGGGUCAGUUGAAGAUGCUAGGAGUGUGGAAUCCAUGGAAAGACCUAGAUCACGAGGCACAGGUGAUGAUAGAAGAAACUUCCAAGGAAGCAAGGAACGUGGAUUCUUCAGCAACAGGAACGUCGACAGGUCAUCAUCGGCCAGGGGUGGAUGGUAAAAGAAGGAAACAAAGAAUGACUAUGGAGUGAGAUUUUGGAGUUUGGUUUGGUUCCCAUAUUUGGAAGAAGCUUCAAUAAUAAUAUUUAAUAAUAAAAGAAAAAUUCAUCUCCUUUUGAAUUCAAACCUAAUUUUGGGGGACUAGUUUUAUGUUUUUGUAUUGAUUCGUCUUCGGAAAUCGAAGCCUAAUGGUUUCUUCUUCUUUCGUUUUUCUUAAUUGUAUUUUGUUUGGUCUUUUGCUCGUUGAUCAGCAUGAUUUGUCACAAAUAUUGUGUCUUCAGAAUUUUGGAGACAGACUCUGUUCUUCUUCUUCUUCUUAUGUGUUUUAAAUUUUUGUUUA